UAGAAAGUGAUUUUAUUUGAAAAAGUAAUUAAAAAAAUUGGGUUUAUUUUAUUAUCUAGAGAAAAAGGAAAAAAAAUAAUUGUAAGUGAAUCAAAAAAAAAAUUUUUUGGUGCAAUAUGAAUUGCGAUAUUGAAUGGCGCGAAAAUUAUUCGUGCUCUUCGACUAAAAAGGACAAAAUUGUUUAAGUUCGUUAUUUUUUGUUGUUAUUGUUACAAUUCAGUGGUUCCUGGAAAUUUUAUUUUGCUAGCCGAUCUUACGGAUUAUUUUCAAGUUACAUAAUCAAGAAAAGAUAUGCGACCACGAAAACGACGACUCUAAGCGUGGGGAUUGAAAUUUUCGGAACUCAAUAUUGGACAUAAAGGCAUGUUGUACGUAAGAAGAGCGGAAAUAGAGGUCCGCACGAAAGAUGAUGGAGUUAAGUAGAUAGAAGACCAUUCUUGGCACCAUCAGCAGACGCUACUUUGCGGCGCACGAUGCUCUGCUAUCUCUCUCUAACUAUUCUCUUCGUCGUUAAUGUGCCAUUCGUGACGGGGUUGGAGCCAGACUUCCUUUACCCACUUGAGAAUGUAACGAUCCCGCAGGGUCGAGACGCUACCUUCACCUGUGUGGUGAAUGAUCUCGGUGGAUACCGGGUGAGUCCUUCCUCCUCCGCGAGUGGAAAUCAUGGUGGCACCAGGGCCCGGGUGGCGUGGAUAAAGGCGGACACUAAGGCAAUUUUAGCGAUUCACGAACACGUUAUUACGAACAAUGCUCGACUUUCUGUGACGCACAGUGAUUCACAUACGUGGACAUUGAGCAUUAAAGAAGCACGUCGAGAGGAUCGUGGAGUGUACAUGUGCCAGGUGAACACAGAUCCCAUGAAAAGCCAGAGCGCAUUUCUGGAGGUGGUAAUCCCACCGGACAUAAUUUACGAAGAGACGUCUGGGGAUUUGAUGAUACCGGAAGGUGGUUCUGCGAAGCUGGUUUGUAAGGCUCGCGGUUUCCCAAAGCCAGACAUCGCUUGGCGACGCGAGGACAAGAACAACAUAACGUCAAGAUCCAGCCACACUGGUCUAAAAACUAAAGUACCAUUUGCACAAGGAGAAACACUACUGUUCUCGAAAGUGACGAGAAGCGAAAUGGGCGCUUAUUUAUGUAUAGCAAGCAAUGGCGUACCACCAACAGUCAGCAAACGAAUGAUAUUACAAGUACACUUUCGUCCAUUGAUUCAAGUGCCGAAUCAGCUUGUGGGUGCCCCAACCGCUACUGAUGUCACAUUGGUUUGCUAUGUAGAAGCUUCGCCAAAGCCCAUAAAUUAUUGGACACGUGAUACAGGGGAAAUGAUAAUCAGCAAUGGAAAGUACUCAAUGUCAGAAACGGAAGUUUCAGUCUACAGUGCGCAAAUGCGUUUAUUAAUAAAGGACCUUCAAAAUCGGGAUUUUGGCGGUUAUAAGUGCAUCUCGAAGAAUUCGCUGGGCGAUGCUGAGGGAAGCAUUCAUCUUUACUCAAUGAAUCUAGAGUCGAAAAAUAAUGAACAAUAUGGUGUUCAUCUCGAAGACGAGGCAUCGGAGAAUCGCGAGGGUCACAGAUUAAAUCACGUUUAUCAAGGAUCAUUAAGAGAAACUGGUUCAACAUUGAGACCAAGACAUAAUGGUGGCGGUUACAGUAAUUCUAAUUCAUCGUUAAGGAAACAUAAAUCAGCUGUUUGGAUAAUGCUAAUUAUUUCCUAUCACCUGACAAGGUACACGUAAGACCAUCAAUAUCAAGAGCUACCAAAUCGUUCGUUUUCAUAAUAAUGAAGAAUAUUUUUCACAAUCCAAAAACCAUAUUUAUCCAAAAUUUAAAAAAGAGAUUAAAAUUUUAAA